GAUAGCAGCGUGUUUUACUUUGAAAGUGGGACGGCUUUUCCAAUCUGGACGCAGACAUGCGCUGGAAAAGUGAAGUAAAAGUAGAGUGUUGCAUUGUUAAGGAGAAUGAAAACGGAUCUCAGGUGUCCAGCGACGAGCUUCUCGUCAUGUGUGAAGAUUGCAAAGGAGACGAGGAGCUGCUGGGCAAAUGCACUGAAGACAGGAGAGACAUAAUGGGCGCACCCGUCGAAGUUUUGGAUGAAGAAGCGUCGUCCCUGCAGGCAAUGUCCUCUGCGCCUCUGUUGGGCAGAACUGUGUGUGCGAGCUGCAACGAGGAAAUUGUUGAUAAAUAUUUAUUAAAGGUUAACGACUUGUGCUGGCAUGUGCGCUGUCUCUCCUGCAGCGUUUGUCAGACUUCGCUUGGCAGCCACACAAGUUGCUACAUCAAAGAAAAAGAGGUUUUCUGCAAACUGGAUUACUUUCGGAGAUACGGCACUUGGUGCGCGUGUUGCGGACGGAAUAUCCACUCCACGGACUGGGUCCGCCGGGCCAAGGGCAACGUGUACCAUCUGGCCUGCUUCGCCUGCUUCUCCUGCAAGAGGCAGCUGUCCACCGGGGAGGAAUUCGCCCUGGUGGAGGGAAAGGUGCUCUGCAGGGUUCACUACGACUGCAUGCUGGACAACCUCAAGCGGGCCGUGGAAAAAGGAAACAGCGUCAACAUGGAAGGAGCUGUGCCCACCGAGCAGGAGAUUAACCAACCCAAACCCUCCAAAAGAGCUCGAACCAGCUUCACUGCUGACCAGCUGCAGGUGAUGCAGGCUCAGUUUGCUCAGGAUAACAACCCAGACGCCCAAACACUGCAGAAACUCGCGGAGCAGACAGGCCUCAGUCGAAGAGUCAUUCAGGUCUGGUUCCAGAACUGUCGAGCACGCCACAAGAAGCACGUGAGCCCCAACCACACCUCGAGCACCCCCAUGACCUCACUGCAGCCCAGCCACCUGUCCCAGCCCACCCCGACCCCCGAGGAGCUGCAGUACACUGCCUACGGAGGUCCAGAGGGGUCGAUGCUCUCUGCACUGCACUCCUUCAUAGACAUACACUCGCCUCCAUCCUUGUUUCAACCGCUGCUGCCAGCCCACGCCAUGACCUCGCUGCCUGUGUCUAACGCCUGAACCGCUCUCGCUCUCUCUCUCACACACACACACACUACAAUGUUCGUCCAUUAUUAGCAGCAGUAUUCUGAUCUGUGUGGUAAAUAUAAUUUAAACUUUUCGUGACCCAUCAAACCUUUUCUCUUCUUGAACUGCCCGUCUUGCAGCAACACGUUUAUAUUGUUUGUCAAGCAAAUUUCAGAUCUCUAUAAUUUACAGGCCUAAAUGUCCUAAUUUUAUCAUGCAAAUUGCAAGGCGUCGGUGCACCUCACACAUGACAUUAUAUAUUUAUAUUUGUUUGUGGUCUGUUUGUCGGUGACAAAGUUUGAUUGUGCUCCUCUUAGUGAAAGCCACCAGCCCCGCAAAAGUCGACUCCACAUGAAGAUGAAUUUGUCUGAAUAGCAGUGUUGCAAUUUAAUUUAUUGUAUGUAUAGUCUCUUUUGAGAAUAAAUGUCUAAUU